AUGACUCACUAUUAUGAACUUUACCGUAGGAGCAGCAUUGGAAUGGCUUUGACUGAUUCGCUCGACGAGUUGAUCCAGGACAGCGAUAUCGAUCCGCAACUGGCAAUGAAAGUUCUUUUGCAAUUUGAUAAGAGUAUCACGGAAGCCUUGGAAACAAAAGUUCGUACCAAGGCGACAUUUAAGCAAGGAAGCCUUCACACGUAUCGAUUCUGUGACGAAGUGUGGACUUUCAUCAUCAAGAAUCCAAAUUUCAAAUUGGAACAUGAACAGAUUCAUGUUGAUAAGAUUAAAAUUGUAGCCUGUAAUGCGAAGAAACCAGGUGAUGCAGAACCUGCUAAGAAUUGA